AUGAGAGAUCGCCGAACAGAGAAUCCGCCGGCUAUAAGGACCGCCAACAGCACAGCCCAGGCCACCCCCCGGGCGCUAAAUUCGAUUCGCAAUCUAGCCCCAGGUCGCGAGCGCGAGGCAUCUCGGACCGUAUAUAACGAGCUCCAGCUCCCGUACCAACACGAUGGGUUCGCACAGUAUUUUUACCGCAGCAUGCAGCUAUCCGAAUUCGCCUCCGGCGCUCUGUUCGCCGUAGGGCUGUUCAGUUCCGGCGUGUAUCGACCGGAAGUUAUCAAGGCGCAGUUCAGCUUCUCGUCGAAUGUUAUGAUCACGACGAUGAUGGCGGCGUCUGCUGCCUCGGCUAUCGUUAUAGAUCUCGCCGAUCGCUUUGGCAUUAUGAAAAAGAAGCAUUCGCAGCCCUCCAGUCUCGGCUUCUUCUCGUUCGAUAGCAACUUAAUCGGUGGACUUCUGAUCGGUCUUGGGAUGGCGACGACAGGCAGUUGUCCUGGCACAUCUUUCGCCCAGGUGGGAGCGGGCAACAUAAACGGUGUUCUCGUCGUCAUUGGUGGCUUGCUAGGCGCAAUCACUUUUGUCAGGCUGCAGGACAGUCUCACGCGAGCACGAGCGCAGAAAGAGACGCAGACCGCUCCUCAAGAUCCGCCAAAUCCAACGCUCUCGAAAAGCCAGUCAAAAACGCCGCUUGACAUUGCCACCGCCUUAGGCAUUCCACCGAUGGUCCUGCUCCUCAUCUGGGUGCCCAUGUGCCUUGCGGUCAUGCGAAUCGCUUUCGCAAGAGAUCGAUCGCAAGCUCUGUCAAACCCUGGCAUACUACCUCCAGCGUACGGCGGACUCUUCAUUGGCCUUGCGCAAUUUGCCACCGUCUCCUUCGCAGGCCAUGCGCUCGGAGCUUCAAGCGGAUACGAGCAUGUUGCGCGAUGGUUGCAAAGCAAAGUGACUUCGAAGCCGUCGAACGGCGAGGGUGGCCAACCCCUCUUGACUGGCUCCGUGAUAUUCUCCAUCGGUAUCGUGUGUUCUGCGGCGAUGCAGAACUACAUCUUCAACGGUGUGAAACCCUUCGCCAACAACGGGAUCCAGUUCCCGAGCAACUUGGUGGCACUCCAAAUGGUGGCUGGCGGCUGGGCCAUGGUGCUGGGCAGCCGUGUAGCUCGAGGCUGCACUUCUGGACACGGCAUAAGCGGGCUGUCAAAAUUCUCCUUGCCGAGCUUGGUAACCACAGCGUCAAUGUUCGGGAUGGGCAUCGCCUCGACUGCAAUGCUGAGACAUUGA